AUGCCUCUGGAUAUCGCUUUGCGCAAGAAGAUAGACGCAGGAGAACAGGCUGCAGGAGUCUGGCUAACUCUACCAAGCACAGCAAUAGCACGGACGAUGGCUAAUACUGCAAACGUUUCAUGGGUUUUGAUUGACGGGGAGCACGGCCUAAUUAACGAGAGUCAUUUCUAUGACUUGUCCAACACAAUCUCCGCAUCCGGUGCCUCCCCUAUCAUCCGUGUACCUGCAGAGGAAGUCUGGCUAAUUAAACGUGCUCUCGACUCUGGUGCACACGGGUUAAUGGUUCCGAUGGCCAAUAAUGUUCAAAUCGUUCGCAAAGUAGUCGAGGCAACAAAAUAUCCUCCCGUGGGCAUUCGUGGAUUCGGACCGAUGUUCACCCAUGCCGCAGGGGCCCUUGGUGCUACUUACCAGGCCUCCGCGAACGAUGACCUUGUGAUUGCCGUUCAAAUUGAGCACCCACAGGCGGUUGAGGAGAUUGAUUUGAUUUGUCAAGAGGGUAUCGAUGUUGCAUUCAUCGGACCCUAUGACCUUUCAAUAUCCAUGGGAGUCGAGUUUGGAGGAGAAGAGCAUGAAGCUGCAAUCAAUAAGAUUCUUAACGCUUGUAAGAGGCAUGGAAAAAUUGCUGCUAUCUUCUGUCUGACCGGCGAGCAAGCAGCCAAGCGGUUUACUCAAGGAUUUGACAUGGUCAGUGUCACCACCGACAUCGACAGUCUCACAGAUGGCUUUGCCAGCGCAUUAUCCACUGCCACUCGUAAUUUCUCUGCUAAUUAA